AUGUCGCGCGCUAGCUCCUCCUCCUCCCUCUCCUCCCUCGAGCUCCCGGACCUGCUCGUCAGCAUCAGUGACUGCGCCAAGGACCUAAUGGACUACUCCAAACAACAAUUUAUGCGCCUUAAGGGCCUCGAAAUCCUGGAGGCCUCCUACAAAAAUACAGAGACGUCCUUCAAAAAGCUGCAGGGGGCAUAUGGCACGUCUUCCGAUAAUCCAAAUGAGAAGAAACCAACGAUAUCCUCGCAGGAGCGCGAAUCGCUCCGAUGUGCUCUUGAGAAGCUGGAGAAGGAUCGAGCGGCAUUCCAAUCCGAGAAACAGACAAUGCUGCGAAAGAUUGAGAAAGAGCAGCGACAGCUCGCCAUGGAAAAGACUAAGCUGGAGGAGGAGACCAGGAAGUAUAAAGAGGAGGCGGAAACCCUUCAAAUUCAAAUUGACAACUUCUACAGCCAGACCCGCAAUUGUACCGGUGCCCGCAUUUCGGGACUUUCUUCACGGUCAUCGGUACCAUCUGAGGGCUCGGUAUCCGCGACCGAGAGCACGGGGGACUCGGACUCGGCGCGCACUCUCCUUGACAGGGCGGCUACUAGUCCACCGCAUUCCAACUCAACAGCCAAUCUCUUGCAAAAGACAAUUAGUCAAGUAAGUCGAUUAGGUGUCACAGCCGUGCAUGCACGGCGCUGUAACACAGUUUGGAAUGCCUAA